AGCUGGCGGAAGCGGCGGGGCGCGGCCCGGAAGUGGAGCCGCCGCCGGAGCCACCAUGGCCGAGACCGACCCCAAGAGCGUCCAGGACCUGACGGCCGUGGUGCAGACAUUGCUCCAGCAAAUGCAGGACAAGUUUCAAACCAUGUCUGACCAAAUCAUUGGAAGAAUCGAUGACAUGAGCUGCCGCAUCGAUGACCUGGAGCGCAACAUCGCCGACCUCAUGAUGCAGGCGGGCGUGGAGGAGCUCGAGGGGGAGAACAAGACCCCGGCUUCCAACAAGGGCUAAAGUUGCCAACAACUCAAGAUAAGUCAUGGAAGAUUACUUAUUCUUUUUUUUUUCUACAAAUCCUUGGAAUUAAAAAAUGGCUCUUUGCAACUCCAGUGUGUGAAAGCAUUUUUAUAUUGUUACAGAGCUUGCAUUCCUAAUGUACAUUGUAUAGUUGGGGUAGGGUAGUUUCUAUUUUGAUUUUGUGUACUGUAAUUUCACUUUUUGAAUUCUUGUAACGAGGAUCACUUGGUUGUGUUAUUAAAACACAGAUCUUAUGGAUCUCAACUCCUGGGUGUAUUUUUUUGUGGAGCCACUUUUAUCUCUUUCCUGUACUUUUGUAGAUGUUUCAUGUUUGAUAGCUCAGCAUUUAGUGACUCCCUCCAAAUGGGAGCCUUGCCUUGUGAGUUUGUGGAGUGAAGCACAAGAUUGAAACUUAUUGAAUUGCAUUAAUUGUAGCUCUGAGCAUCAGGCACUCUCUAGCUGAGGAUUGUGUUGUCUUUCAUCCAUGUGAUAAAGGUGAUUUUUGGAAACAAGAGGCACUGAACAUCAAAGCCAUCUCUGGAGCAUCAAGGAGAUGCAGGUUGACCAUGGGAGACAUCUGAGCAGCCACUGCCACCCCAGCUGUGACACCAGGAACUGCUCACAGAGCAAUCUCACCGUGGGACUGAAGGUUUUUAACAUGUCCCUUUGAUCCAUAACUGGAUUAAAGGGGUGGGAUUGAUGGACAGGGGUUGUGGCAAUGUCUGUGUGGGGUUUUCAGUGGGAAUCACUGCCUUGCUCACAGCAGCUUGCUAGCAAAGCUGUGAUACAUGAACAAAAAAUGAGAGAAUCCAGGUAGAUUUUUAAAGCCUUGCUUCUCUCAGAAUAACAACUUCAAAAUAUUUGAUUUUUUUGGUUUGCUUUUCUAAUCAUACCCACAUCUUUGGGCAUGGAGUGUGUAUUUAUUACAUUUUGGCCACGGAAGGUGUGUUUGGGAGAGUCUGAACUGUGUCACUUGUGAAGAAAAAUGACCAAUGUCAGCCAUUCCUGACAAUCACUGCAAUGCUCCUCCAGCUUCAAAUGCAAAUUUCAGCAAGCACUAGUGGCAGGCAGCAGUUGCAGGUGCAUCACACUCCAGCUGCUCCUUAAAUGCCACCAAAUUAGCACUUGAGUGCUGAGAAGGCAAUAUGACAGGUCAUUUUUCCAAACUCACUGUAAUAAAAGCUCAUAAUAACGGGGGAAUUUUGUGAACAUGAGAAAUGUAUCAAUAUAUACUUGUAAUACCAGCCUUAGGUUCUUUGUAAUGUCAUUUCAAAAAACAAAAAAAUCUAAUAAAUGGUUAUGUGGUAACAAA